UAGCAGCCGAUCCGACGGAAUUCGGCAACACUUGUUAAGCCUCUGAUGUGACUGGAAAGAGGGGGAAGGCGAAAACGCUGGUGACAGAGUGUGUGUAGUGGAGCGAAAAAAUAAAAUUCACAAAAACAAUAUUCAAUAAGAAUCUGUCGCAGUCGAGUGCAACGAGAAUUUGCCUUUGUGCCAAAGUGCCGGGUAAUAUGUAAUGGAUCCCUUUUUCGCCAGCGACGGCAACAUGAUGUGAAACAUGGCAAUCGAAUCAGCUAAAGCCAUUUAGAGUCAUCAAUUGGCGAGGUCGCGGUGCAGGCACGCUACCAGAUCUGCUGGCCAGGCAAAGAGGGGGCAAGACAAACGCACAGCAUGGCAGCCAAAUGGAGAAGCAGAAGAGGCAACAGGAGCAGCAGUAACAGCAGUAACAGCAGUAGGAGCAGAAAUGAGAGCAUCCGACUGCCAGUGUGGAAGCAUCUGCUUUGGCUUCUGUGCCUGACGGCUCUUCUCGGCUGGGUGUGGGCCGAUGACUGGUCGCAGAGCUGCGCCUCCAACUGUACCUGCAAGUGGACCAAUGGCAAAAAGUCGGCCAUAUGCAGCUCGCUGCAAUUGACUAGCAUACCGACAACGUUGAGCACCGAGCUGCAGGUCCUGGUGCUUAACGAUAAUCACAUACCAUAUCUGAAUCGGGAGGAGUUCUCUUCACUGGGUCUCCUCAAUUUGCAGCGCAUUUAUCUGAAAAAAUCCGAGGUCCAAUACAUACACAAGGAAAGCUUUCGCAAUCUGAAGAUACUUGUAGAAAUUGAUCUGUCCGACAAUAAGUUAGAGAUGCUCGAUAAGGAUACAUUCAUGGGCAACGAUCGACUGCGUAUACUCUAUCUCAAUGGGAAUCCGCUGAAGCGCUUGUCAGCCUAUCAGUUUCCCAUAUUACCGCAUCUACGGACUCUAGACAUGCACAACUGUUUGAUCUCCUACAUAGAUCCCAUGUCGCUGGCCAAUCUCAAUCUGUUGGAGUUCUUGAAUCUCAAGAACAAUCUGCUGGAGAGCUUGAGUGAGUAUGUGUUCCAGCACAUGGGCAAUCUGAAAACGCUGUCUCUGGAGGAGAACCCCUGGCAAUGCAACUGCAAGCUGCGUAAAUUUCGCAGCUGGUAUGUCAGCAGUCGCCUCAGCUCCGUGAGUCUGGUGUGCAAGGGCCCGCCCGUGCAGAAGGAUCGCACCUGGGACAGUGUCGAUGAUGAGCUCUUCGGGUGUCCGCCACGCGUCGAGAUCUUUAAUAAUGAGGAGGCCACCAACAUUGAUAUUGGCAGCAAUACAACCUUUAGCUGUCUGGUCUACGGGGAUCCAUUGCCCGAGGUCAGUUGGGAGCUGAAUGGCAAAAUUCUGGACAAUGACAAUGUGCUCUUCGAUGUGGAGAGCAUUGCAUCCGAUAAGUUGUGGAGCAAUCUGACGGUGUUCAAUGUGAGCAGCCUGGAUGCGGGCACAUAUGCCUGUACGGGCAGCAAUCUGAUUGGAUCGAUGACGCAGAACAUUAGCAUUUACCUCAGCGAGAUUGUGCAGCAUGUGCUGGUAAAGACACCGGAAACAUUCUGGUAUUUCGGCCUGAUCAUGGGCAUCUUUGGCACUGUCUUUCUCCUCAUCGCCAUCUCGUUUGUGGUCUGUCUGUGCAAGCGGACAACGCGACAGCAUCGGCAUGCCAAUAAGGCUGGCGUCAAGUCGAGCGUCAGUUUCAAUGAUCAGGAGAAGAAGCUGCUCGAUUCGAGUGUGACAACGACGACCAAUGAUCGUGGCGACAGCUAUGGCAUCGACAACAAUCCCAGCUCCAUCAACAAGACGGACUCCAGCCUGGGCUUCAAUCAAAUUGAGAUACAUGCGGUCGAGAAUCAUCGACAGCAGCAGCAGCAGCAACAGGGUGGACAGGGUCAGGGGCAGGCUGGUCAGCAUAUGCGCCAGCAACUGAUGACUGUCAAGGAUCCCACAUGCGGACUGAUCUCGGUGCCCACAUCAAUGGCCAGCUAUCAGCACCAGCAUCAGCAUCAGCAUCAGUUGCAGCAUCCGGGACAGCACACACACUCCCAUUCUCAUGGACAUGCACAGCUGUCGGAGGAGUUUCCGUUGAAUGUGGGUGUCUUUCCACCGCCGCCGGAGUUCUGCUCCAACAUUGUGCCGAAUCCCACCUUUGGCAACAUAUUCAUACGCGUUUCUGUCACGCAGGACAUGCUCGAUGGCGCCGACAUUAAUAUGUAUCCCGAUCUGCUGAACAUACCCAAGCGCCUGCAGGAUGUGCAGUGUGAUUCCUCUGUGGCAUCAAGUUCGAGUGAUGGUGGUAGUGGUAGUCAAACUGUGGCACAUUGUGCCACCCUGCCACGUCACACGACGCGUCGAGGCAUUCUCAAGAAGGACCCAUCGCUGCAGCCCGGCGGUGCAACGAAUUUUUAUCCACAUGACGAGAUUGUCACCUACAACCUGGAAACGGGCACCUAUCAUUGCAGCACCACCAAUGAGAUGGAAUUGCCGCCGCCACCGCCACCGCCAGCCGUCACCGCUGUCGUUCAAUGUCAUCAUCCAACGACGAUAGCAACGCCAGUGUCCGCCGCCAAUUGUGUCAGUUGCAUCAACAAUGUGCCAUCCUCCUCCUCCGCCUGCAGCACGCCGCCCAUUGUCGAGGCAACGCCACUGCGACCAUUGUGCAAGAGCAGUGGACCUGGCGAUAGCUCGGCGUAUCCCAAAUACGACAACAUGGGACGACGCAUCACCGCAAGCGGCGGAUUGGGCAACGAGAACGAGACGCUGUUCAGCGAAUCCGCCGAACAGCCGAAUCCAAUGGAGCUGGAGUCCCCCCAAGAUGCCCAUCAGCAGCUGCAGACGACGGAGCAGUCGGUUGCCAUCGACAAGGGUGGCAGUGGCGAGUUUGUGUCCCUCUAGUAUUACGGUACUCACGUGUAAAUAGCAGCAGCAAGCGCACUAGCGCCACCUGCCGGUCAAUAGAUUGUGUCCUGCCUCACAGAGCAUAUACGAAAAAAUAUAGAGAAAAAAUCCACUGUGGCAAUCGUUUUGUUCAUAUCAUGUACCAAGCAGCGAAUCCCCUUCAAAGUAAUAUUUUAUAAUUAUAGCAUUCAAUAUGAACAAUCUAUUGACUGCUGCAGUUUAAGCCGAAACUAUAUUAAGCUGAAUAUAUAUAUAUAUAUCUGUAUGUACUAUAUAUAAUAGCGAUCCAAGAGCAAUUUAUGUAGAAUCAAAAUCAACAAACAAAAACAAAAAGCCCAUGAGAAUAUGAGAAUGGUAUGUUAACAACCGCAAACA